AGUACUUGGGACCCCUGCACACCUUCGCCCGCGGGGCUGGAGAGGGCGCGAGAGGCGCGGCACCCGUGCGGGGCAUGGAGGCGCUUCUGGUCCGCGCCGCCGCCGUGCCUCAAAGUUUGCCAACUGACACGGAAAGUUGCGCUCCGGAUCGGCCGCCGCGGCGCACCGCGUCCCACCUCCCGACCGGGCCCAGCUAGCCGCCGCCGCCCUGCGCGGGGCCCCGGCCCCGCAGACACCGGCAGCCCCGCCUGGCGGGGGCAUGUGAGCCGCGGGCGGGCAGCAAGGGCCCGGCGCCUCGGAGGCAGCACGCGGGCCGCCAUGGGCAUCCAGGGCAUGGAGCUGUGCGCCAUGGCUGUGGUGGUGCUGCUGUUCAUCGCCGUGCUCAAGCAGUUCGGCAUCCUGGAGCCCAUAUCCAUGGAAGAUAGCAGCGACAGUGAGCUGGAGCUGUCCAUGGUGCGCCACCAGCCAGAGGGGCUGGAGCAGCUGCAGGCACAGACCAAGUUCACCAAGAAGGAGCUGCAGUCCCUCUAUAGAGGCUUCAAGAACGAGUGUCCCUCGGGCCUGGUGGAUGAAGAUACCUUCAAACUCAUUUACUCACAGUUCUUCCCUCAGGGAGAUGCCACCACCUACGCGCACUUCCUCUUCAAUGCCUUCGAUGCUGAUGGGAACGGGGCCAUCUGCUUUGAGGACUUCGUGGUGGGCCUUUCUGUCCUCCUGCGAGGAACCGUCCAGGAGAAGCUCAAGUGGGCCUUUAACCUCUAUGACAUUAACAAGGACGGCUACAUCACCAAAGAGGAGAUGCUGGCCAUCGUGAAGUCCAUCUAUGACAUGAUGGGCCGGCACACCUAUCCCCUCGUGCGGGAGGACGCACCUCUGGAGCAUGUGGAGAGGUUUUUCCAGAAAAUGGACCGGAAUCAGGACGGGGUAGUGACCAUUGAUGAGUUUCUGGAGACCUGUCAGAAGGACGAGAACAUCAUGAGGUCCAUGCAGCUGUUUGAGAACGUCAUCUAGGACACAUGGGGUAUUGCCAAGUGGCCACUGCCACCACCUCAAUCCUACCAGGAACAGCCUCCAGGAGAAACAUUUUUCUAAUAUAUUUGCAAAAAGUGAAGUUUGCUCCAGACACAGAAACACACCCAUUCCUCUGGGCUGUCAGAGGGGGACCAAGGUGGGGGGGGGAACUACAUCCGGCUGGGAGCUGGGUCCAGGUGACAUGAGUCGCACUCCCCCAGCCAGCCAUGUCCCAGGCCAGCAGGGCGAGGCUGCCUCUGGGGUGGGCUGAUGGGAGAGCAGUGUGUAUGGCCACUGGCUGCUGGAUGUGAGCAGGAAAGUGCUCAGCUCCUUCAGAGGAUGGUCCAGUCUCUAGCGCCAAGGCCCCUCCUUUGUGAGCCCAGUCACCUCUCCCUCCUGCCCCCAUCUUUCCUACCACCCAUCCACCAGACUCUGGGCUCCUCAUUCCCCCAGCCAUUCCCAGCCCACUAUCCACACUCCCAGAAGGCCGCUCAUUGCAGGACCCUGGAGGGGAAGCUGGGGGUCAAGGAAAGAAGUAGUGGGGGCAGGGCCUGCUGCCUCCUGGAAGGGACUCCUGGGUGAGUUCUGCUCCAGUGAUGAGGGACUACAGGGCCCUCCUGUCCCUCCAUCCCAGGAAGGGGGCCCUUAAGCUCAGGGUUGGAUUUCCUGAUAGAGACUGUGAGGGGCCUGUCUGCUGACUCAGCUGGGUGGGAGAAGCCCUCCCCCACUGCCCAGGCCUGCUCAGUGGGGAUGCAGUAGUGGGGCUGCCCCGACCAUUCGGGCUCUAAACUGUCCACCCCAAGGUCAUUAUAGGUCCUGAGAAGAGGUCACGUGGCUCAGGGACUGGCAGCCCAGGAGCCCAGUGGAGAGCGAGCCCAGGAAGGGCUCCUCCGUCCCGGUCCCUCAGCCUCUGUCUCCCUCGGCCCAGCAGUGUUUGCCACCACUCCACACAGGCGCACCCCAACUCCACACAAAAAGCACAAGCAGCCCGGCAGCUCAGGUUGAGCCCACAAGGGGAGCCGAAGACACUGCUUUUCCCAGACGAGGCCCUCCUGGUGGGCUGAGCAUGAGUCCCCCUAUCCCUGAUACAGGUGGCCCGGGGAGGGAACCUGGGGUCAGGUCUGUGCCUCAGAGCAGUGGGGGCUCAAAACCUCCCCCCAGCCCAGCUCACCAACAUUCAAAAGCACAAACCCCGGGACUCUGCUUGGCUAGGUUCUGCUCUGGGGGUGUGGCCAAUGUCCACCUGAGGCCAGAAACAGCAGUGCGGGCUGAGGGGCCUGAGGUGGGCGGCAGGCUCACAGGGGCUUCUGGGGGACAGAUGACAGCUCCUGCCUGCUCAGGCAGCACAGGCCCUUCUGAGGAACAUUCUCAACAUACAUUCCGUCGGCCGCCGCCCCAUCUCUGCUCAGCCUGGCUCCGGGUGGGCAGGACCCGCGGGGCAGGGUGGGAUGGCGGAGGCCAUGGACACUGGUCUGGCUUGGCCCUGGGGACUUGUUGGCACCCACAAGUGGCCCUCUCCUUGGAGUUGCACUGAUACCCAUCUCCAGUCUGACUGGGGGGGUCCCUCUCCCCUCCUCCAGGAGGGCGUCAGCUUUCCCUGGCUCAGGGAUCUUCUCCCCCUGCCCCCAGUCCAGUCCUCCCAGCUGGCGUAGCUCUGCUUCUCGGGCCCAGGCCCUCGGGAGGGCCCUCGCUGUCCCCCGUCUCCCUCGGCUGGGCCAGGCUGGCUCUCUUCCAGUCAGGAGAGGGUGACACUGGGACGUGGCCUGGCCGCCUGUCUGCAUGGCAGAAGCAGCUCCCUUGGGCACAGCCCGGGAGGGCACUUCCUGUUCUCAGUGCCCACCAAUGUUCAGUUCUGUAUAUUUUAA